AUGGCGCUCAUUGUCGACAAACACAGACCGAAGUCACUGGAGGCUCUGUCGUACCAUCAAGACCUGUCAGAUAGGCUUAGCUCUCUUGCGCAAAGCGGAGAUUUCCCCCAUCUGCUGGUGUACGGCCCGUCUGGCGCUGGCAAGAAGACACGCAUUGUCGCCACUCUCAAGGAGCUAUACGGACCCGGCGUAGAGAAGAUCAAGAUCGAUGCUCGUGUCUUCCAGACGUCUAGCAACCGCAAGCUCGAGUUCAACAUUGUCGCGUCGAAUUAUCACCUCGAGAUCACACCAUCGGACGUCGGAAACUAUGACCGAGUUGUCAUCCAGGACCUGCUGAAAGAGGUGGCACAAACACAACAAGUUGACCAGUCGGCGAAGCAGAAGUUCAAGGUCGUGGUCAUCAAUGAGGCCGACCACCUCACGAGAGACGCGCAGGCGGCGCUGCGUCGGACAAUGGAGAAGUACUCUCCAAACUUGCGGCUGAUCCUCCUCGCCAAUUCGACGGCCAACAUUAUUGCCCCCAUCCGAUCGAGAACGCUACUCGUCAGAGUGGCUGCACCAACACACGAGCAGAUCUGUGAUGUCCUGGCAGUGUCAGCGAAGAAAGAGAACUGGCCCAUGGUCAAGGGCCUGCACAUGAGGAUAGCGCAAGAGAGCGGCAGGAAUCUGCGCCGAGCUUUGCUCAUGUACGAGGCCGUCCACGCACAAAACGAGAAAGUGACGGAUACCACACCGAUUCCCCCACCAGACUGGGAAGCUCUGAUCAGCCAGAUCGCGAGGGAGAUCAUCGACGAACACACCCCUGCUCGGAUUCUUCAAGUGCGAGCAAAGCUUUACGACCUCCUGACGCAUUGCAUACCGGCGACGACGAUUCUCAAGACCCUCACCUUCAAGCUCAUCCCGCUGAUAGACGACGCACUGAAGGCCGAAGUGAUCAAGUGGUCGGCGUUCUACGAACACCGAAUCAGGAUGGGCACAAAGGUCAUCUUCCAUCUGGAAGCAUUCGUGGCCAAGUUCAUGAGGAUCAUGGAAAUGUACUUGAUGAGCAUGGAUUUGUGA